UUCUCUUUCGCCAAGAAACAAACAACCGCAAUUCGAUCGUUUUUUAUCCCGCGUGGAAAUUCGAAGGUUUCGCGAAGAAAUCAGGAAAAGAACGUGGAGGAGGUGCAUCGCAUCAUAAGAAAAGGAAGGGAAAAAAUGCGAAGGAAAAGGAAUAAACAAGUCAUCUCCAUAUUCAGAGGCCAGAGGAUUCUUGAGCACAAAGGAUUGUAUUUAAUGCAGUGGAAAAUGAAGCGGUUCGGCUCACUCUUGCUCCCGGAUUUAGGUGCGCAACGGAAAUUUGUUGCCGCUGUUCUACACAUUAAAUCACUGCGUGAUUAGCAAUCCAGCCAUGGCGGAUCUCAAGUCCAAGUUCAUGGCAGUGUACUCUGUAUUGAAAUCAGAGUUAUUGAAUGACCCUGUAUUUGAGCACAAUGACUUUUCUCGCCAAUGGCUUGAGGGGGUAAUGACAUGGCUUCAGUUUGAAUUCUCUGUUAUUACUGUUGUUUGAAGUUCCAGAUUUUGAAUCAUAUAUAAUUUGGUAGGUUGAGAGUUAUAUUUUAAUGUUAUUUCGCAUUCCUUUGGAAAUAGUGGCUCGACAUUCACCAGAUAAUUUUAAUCUUGUUUUCCAAUUUACUUAUAAUCUCCUAUGUUAGGCAAUUUGGUUGCUUACAAGUGGUUUGGACAUGUUUACUAAGCUAGGCAUUCGAGCAAAGGUUUAGGAUUUGUAUUCACAAAUGUCACUAUAAGUAAAAGCCCGGAAGAUUUCUCCACUAUUUCUUCUCUAUUGUGUUUUGUCUUUGAUCAUAUUCUUUCCAAACAACACAUUUGAUUUUAUGUUCAUAGUGAUGUAAUGCUUGCAUAUGGUACUCGGGAGCAAAGUUUGAUAGCCAGAUUUGUUCAAUGGAUCCAGUUGGCUUUCCAUCUUGUAGUGCAUUUGUUCUGUAGCAGAUCCUUUACAAGAUCAAUUUGGAUUGACUAUGGUUCGUUCAGAAAAUCUGGUUCGAGGAACUAUAAGUGGAGCAAUUCGGCAUAACUUGAUAGCUAUUACUCUGAUUUUGAUGUUUGACUACAAUGCUCCGGAAGGUGAGCUGAACCUUGGGCUUUCUGUACUCAACAGCUAUAGGCUGCUGAAACAAGGGGAAGCACUUACAGAGGAUGAAGAGUUUCUCAGUUGUGCACUUGGAUUGUGCUUGGAAUGGCUUCAAAAAUAUUUUUCUGUUAUUAAUGGCGUAACUGAUGACUCUAAGUCCCACGAUGAUGAUUCCUAUAUGUUCAAAGUGUCCAAGAUGGGAUCGCUUCGAAUGAAUGUUGGUUUAACACUUCACACUCAUAAGUAUACUUCAAGGAUUCUUAAGAAGCAUUUCAGAGGAAAACCUUACUAUGUGGAUCUGGUGGAUCUGUUUAAUGAGGUGGAGUAUCGUGCAACUCAUGGACAGGUGAUGAAUUUGGUUCACACUCGUGUUGGAGAGAAAGACCUAUCGAAGUUUUCUUUGUCUUUAUAUCGCCAAACUGUUGCAUACAAAACUGCUUAUUACUCGUUAUAUCUUCCGGUAAUGUGUGCACUUCUCAUGUUCGAUGAGAACAUGGAUAACAAUCAUGACAUUAAUCAGGAGAUAUUUAUCGAAAUGGCUAUUUAUUUUCAAGUCCGGGACGACUACCUCAAUUGUUUUGGUCAUCCAGUUGCAGGCGGGAAGAGAGGUACCGAUAUUCAAGAUUUUAAUUGCUCUUGGUUGGUGGUGAAAGCUCUUGAUCUUUGUAACGAUGAGCAGAAGAAAACACUCUAUGAAAAUUAUGGGAAGCAUGACUCCAUAUGCAUUGCGAAAGUGGAGGAGCUUUAUAAGGUUCUCAAACUUCAGGAUGCUUAUUUGGAGUAUGAGGCGAGUAGUUAUGACAAGAUAACCAAGUUGAUCGAAGCUCAUCCGCGCAAGGAAGUGCAAGAGGUGUUGAAAUCAUUCUUGUAAUAGACUUAUUCAAGUGAAGAGUUCGAAAAUCGAUCACCUAUGUAGCAUUAGAGGAACUUGCAUGCUUUAGCUCUCAAAACAAUAUUGUUCUACAUGGAAAUGUAGUUGUUAUAUAAAGAAUAAAUUAUGUGUUUCAACUUUAGAUGUCUUCAAAUCUUA